AUGAACGGAACGGAUAUAAAAUCGCUUCACGCCCAGUUACAAAGGGAACGAAUGAUGAGGGAAAACGCUGAGCGUGAAUUACAUCAUCUAAAGGGGUACACAUCCGAUUUGACACGUAACCUACAAUAUUCCUAUUGGGUGAUCUCACAAUUGCAACAAGCAAUCAGAUUAAAUAAUAUUAAUCAAGCUGAGAACGCGGUGGCUUCAGAGUUACAAGAAAAAAUUGAUCGAUUGCAACAAGAAAACGAUUUGCUGAGGAAAUCCUUGCAAUCGAAUGACUUAAAAGUCGAGUGCAAAACUGAAGAGAAAGUGACGGAUGGUUUUGAUGUCAAUGAAAUAUAUGGAACGAAGAACGAGUUAUUGUUGAUGGCCCUCAAUUACGAUAUGACCAGUAGGCCGAAGGAGUCGGCCAAUAAUUCAUGA